ACACACAUCUGCUUGGUCCCUCUAGAAAAAAGAAGCCGUGGUGCAUGCUGGGUAAUGUCAUCACCAAUCCGUUGUGAGGUCAACGACCCCAGCUGGGUGCAAGAUGUCGAAACAGCAUAGUUUCUCCAACGUUUGACAUGUAAUUACUCUCAUCUGGACCUGUUGAAUUUUCUCACGUUCGCUUCUCCAAACGUUACUACAAUAAAGGACGCCGUGGGAACGUUUUACUCCUUUGCCAGCAGACUGUGAGCUAGAGUUAGACAUCUUAAAGAUGUCUUCCAACAAGAAGGAACCGCCACAACCAGGGGAGCAGAACUCCAGCCAAGAACCAACACUGUCCUCCACCGAACUUCAGAAAACAGAGGGUGCCUCCACACCUGCACAGACAGGUGCAGUCCAUGAACUUGGAAAAACAGAAAAUGUACAUGAUAUUGAUAAGACACUGGAGAGAACAGAGUCGUUAGAUGUUGUCUCAUCAGCUCAGAUUAGAAAAUAUGAUGCUAAUGAUAAGGAACCUGGGCCCAGCUCCCAACCUUCGCAAUCCAAAGUAUACACUGCUACAGCAAGUUGCAGUACUACUAGUGUUACAGCUGAACCUGAUAGAACAGUUAAUUCCACAGAACAGAUUGUUUCAGAAAAGAACACAAUCUUCUCGACCCUGGAAGAGGGCGUGGAAGACAGCAGGGACGGCUUCAGUAUGCAGAUUGUAGAGACGUCUCCCGGGCAAGGCAAGAACAAGAAGAAAGCUGGAAGGAAACGGAAGAAAGGAGAGAAGUCUUUAAAACCAAGAAAACUAAGGUUAAUCCUUCCUCAUCCUGAGGGAGCGGAAGGCGAGGGCAGCUCUGCUGGGUUUCUGGACCCCAGUUUUGAGAGCCACCUGGAGGAUAUCGGCAGGAACUACAGCCUAUCAACAACUAAUGUCAAGAGCAUCUUGCAUCGUGUGAUCACGAAUGAGAAUGUUGUCGCCAUGAUGAGACAUUCAGUGAAGGAGGACCAGGGAGAGGAGGAGACAGAGGGAGACAGCAGUCCCAACAACCCACUGGCUGAACUCUUCGAACCCAAGAUGACUCGGGCUAGAGCAAAGGAAGUAGCAGAGAAAGGCAGUUUUGUGGUGCCAUGGCCCAUCUCCCCUGUGAAGAAGCCAGCUGAUUCUCAGCCUGCAAAGUUCAUUGACCUGAGUUUUGAAGAGGAUGAGGAUGAUGAUGAGUAUGAGCCUGAUGAUGAUGAGAAUGAAGAAAGUGACAUUGACAGCAUAGCAUCACGUGAGGCAAGUGAUUUUGGGUCGCCUAUGCCGUCAACGCCACGCCAGUUUCUCCGAACCUACUCAGAGUCUGACAGGAGGGAUGACAGCGAAGAUACAGACGACAAACCAGAGAUGGUGGAGCAGGGAGGAAAGUCACUGGAACCUCACAUCAAGAUCCAGCCCAUCCCCAUGGGCCCACCCCUCCCACCCCUGAGUAAGGAGAAGACAGACGCAGCCUUCCUUUCAGAACUGGACACGUUUGACGAGGAGCUGUCUGAACUGUCUGGAAGAACAGCCAGGAGUGCCAUGGAUUUCAAUGCAGAAGACAACCUGGGACUGAUAGCCAACCGUACCAGGUCCAAGUGUCCACUGAAGGACACCCCUAUUGACAUCAUUGAGGCGGCAUUCCACGCGCCCGACAUUACCCAGGACAUGUACGAUACUGAGUGUGACGACUCUGAAUGGCAGGGCUGGCUGAAGGGGCUCUUCAAAACUGACCUGGAUAUGAGUGGCGAUGCUGAUGAUGAACAGAACGACCCUGACUAUAACUUCCUGCAGGAGGAGGAGGAGGUGGAUACGGAGGACCUGAGAGACGAUCGCGCCGUCAGGAUCACAAAAAAGGAAGUGAAUGAGUUGAUGGAUGAGCUGUUACAGCAGUAUGAAGAGGAGAUGGAACAGCUGGGUGGUGACCCUGCCCCUGGCCUGGAUGACAGCACGACUGUCGACCCCCUCUCCCCCCCUCCCAGCAGGACGUUUGUUAAGCCACCUCCCAUCAGUUUUGACGGUCCCUUGUCCACUGUGAUGGCCAAGACACACAAGACUGUCCAGCAGCAGCUUCAGGAGGAGAAGGUUCGGAAGAAGGAGACAGGAGGAGGGAGGAAGGUCCAGACUCUACCUGUCCUGACUCAGGGGGAGAGACAACAACUCAGGCAACAGAUGCAGCAGCAUGUGCAGCUCCUGUGCCAGGUUCAUGUACUGAGCAGAGAGGAACCUCAGCUACAGGAGGUGGCACAGGUCACCAAAAACUUCCUGAAGGAGAACCAGAUGUUUGUGCAGCGCUCCACGCAGCUGUACGAGAUGCAGGUGGAGCAGUACAGGGCCGCGGGUGUGCAGCUGCCACAGGUGGAGUUCCGCUCCAUGUUUGACACCUGUAACCUGCAGGCUGUGUACAGCAAGACCAAACAGCUGCCUGCCCUCCCCUUGGUGUGUCCUGAUAUGGAGGCAGUCCAGGCUGUGCCACCUGCACACCUGCAGGCAAAACACCUGCCAGAGUGGCUUCAGCCUGCCCUCCUCCCCACAAGUGGACCUGUCCUGUAUGACCCGAUCAAACAUGGCAAGGAGAAACCAUACUUCCUCCCGGCAGAAGACAACCUGCUGGCCCUGGGCAUGCAGCAGUACCAGGGCAUGUCCACCCUGGAGAUGAUCCACUACAUCAGGGACAACAUGAUCCCCACCAAGACAUCCGACCAGAUCAGGAUCCGCAUCAAGAACCUCAAGGCCAACAAGAAGAAGACAGGCAACAUUGUCCAGGUGUACAGCAAGACCAAACAGCUGCCUGCCCUCCCCUUGGUGUGUCCUGAUAUGGAGGCAGUCCAGGCUGUGCCACCUGCACAGCUGCAGGCAAAACACCUGCCAGAGUGGCUUCAGGAAUAUCAGCAGGACAGCCAAAAGAAUACAGAACCUCUCCAGUGUAAGAAGUUGAGGAAUUUGUCUCCAAAGAAGUCAGAAAAACUGUCACCUACACAAAGAGGUAUCCUUCCCAAGGGCUUUGUACCAGUGAUGUCAGUGAAGAAGGCACUCUUUCAGUCCCCAUCUAAAGUACAAAGUACUGUGAACAUCACCAGUAGUAGCACUACAUCUGCCACAAUUUCUACAUCCACAGCAGAAAAUACUGCAAAAACACUUCAAACUCUUGCCCCAAAAUCAACUGACGUUUCUCACAUCAGCAGUAUUGAUAGCAGCACCCCUGUUUACAUCAUGUUGCCUAGCAACGUUGUCCCUGGCAACCUCAGUCAGACUUCUCCACCUGCAGCUGUACCUGGGCUGCAGGGCAGUGUCCAGCCUCUAGGGGGCACAGCAGGUGGUGUGUUUGUAGUUGUCUCACCGACUUCCACCACAGCUUCUAUGACACAAUCUCCCCAAACAGUUGUCAUCAGCAGUACAGGUCAGUCUGUUGAGAAUACCUGCCUACAGUCAAGUCUUUCAAACAGCACUGCUUCAAAUCUGCCACUAAAAGUAGCAGACACACUCAGUACAGUGGAAUCAUCCAGCCUUGUCCCCACUUCACUGGUUGAAACGGCUUCUGUGACAAGUACAACUGAUCCAGUACCUGAGCAAUCACACACUAGCUCUUUGUCAGUAGAAAAGGUUGCAAUAGACUCUAGAGAAGGGGAAAUGCUAUGUAAAGAUUCCGUUGUGACCAGUGUUCAAAUGCAAGGACAGACUCCAAAAGAGACAACAGCCAGUGAUCUACCACUCCCUCACACCACCUCACCAGGACUGCCACCCUGCAAAGACAUAUUCACCAUACAGGAAACUGCCACAAACAGUCAGGCUAGUGCAGAUGUAUAUGUGGAAGAGAUAUCUACCAAUGUGGAUGAAGGGAAUCAGAACCGGCAAAGCCCCCUUCAAGAAGCUACAAACUUGCCAGAAUCCACAUGUACAGGUCCUGAUAGAAGUGUUGCAGGGACAAUUCUAAGUGAGGAGAGAGGAAGGGAAGAAUGUAAGAGUGUUGCUGAAGACAUAUGUAUGACAGAGGAUUCCAGCACUCCUUUGAAACUUCAGGAAAUUCAAAUAAUGCAAGAUGUUUCUGAGCAAACUGUGAGACCUGAAGCAGCAUGCUUAGUGCAGCCAUUUACAGAACAACCAGAACCACAACAUGUCUUUGUGGCACAAAGUGAUAGAACUGAAAUGCCAUGUUCAGAGCAGCCUUGUACAGAACAACUGCAACCAAGUACACCUCAGAGAGUAGAAGGAAUCACGGCACAUCCUUCAGAAGAGGCACAUGUAGACCAAGUUGUAUCAGAAGACAAUCCUGUUGUUGUUGAUGAGGGGCUAGUCUCCAGUACAGAGGAUGUGUUGGCUAAAGAUGUAGAAGCUGAACAUGGGGCUGAUGCAGAAGGUCAGAUGGGUGAAGAACAGUCUGCAACAUCUAAGAGAAUGGUCAUGGUGAAGAAGAAAGCCAAGCGGAGGAGGAAACAGCUCCAGAAAGACAUGGCGUCGACCUUACUGCUGCUGGACUCAGAUCUGAUGGACAGGGAUCCGCUACGGGAGGAACGAGAGACCAUGAUGGCCAAGAACUUCCUGGAGAGGGUCAGGGACUCCCUCAGAGAUGAGGAGGGAAAGUACCAUGAGGUGCUGCAGGUGUUCCACCAGGGUCACCAGGACGGGAAGACGAUCGUGCAGCUGUACCAGGAGCUGCGGCGGGUCCUGUCUCGCUGGCCGGUGCUGCUGGGGGAGUUUGCGGCCUUCCUGCAGCCUGCCGAGGCCGUGGAGUGUGACCUGUUCAUGGAACAUCAGGAGUAUGUCCAGGCCAGGUCCUUCCUCAGGAAACUAGAGGUCUUCUUCAGUGAGAACCCAGACCAUUACCAGAAGGUGCUGCGAGUGUUUGCCAGCUACAUGCGGGAGGGCGCUUCUCUGGAGGGGCUGAGACAGGAGAUCACUCCACUGCUACAGGGACAGCCAUACCUACUGCAGGAGUUCACCCGCUUUUUCCCUGACCUGCCACCACCCCAAAGUAUGAUGGGAGAUUUUGAGGAGAUCCACAUGGCCAGUGACAGUGAUGGGGAUGAAGUGCCUGAUAGUUUUGAGGAAAUUGUCCUGCCAGAAGAAGAUGACGAGGAAGUGACUAGGGAGAAGAAACAAGUGGAUCCAUGGAAACUGCUCCUGGCACAGAAACAUGGCACCAAGGAGUGCAGAUGUGAGUGCCAUGAGUCGUCCACUGACCUACGGGUCCAGAGAAGAAACCGCCACUGUGUUGCCUGCAACACCAAACUUACGCCCAAAGACCUGCAGGCCAAGAAGGACAUCAUCCUGAGACACCAGGCUCUCCUCCACACCAGGGAGAGCCCCACUCCCGACAGGACACGCAGGAAAAUCCCCGCAAAGCGUGGUCGUAAGAAGACUGAUUCUGAAACUUCCAGGGACAGCCCAUCAUUGGACACAGCCAUGGUGGAGGAAAGCUGCUCAUCUCCUCUGACCCAAGACCAGGAUUUGGUUGGGACUGAAAACAGCUCUAACACCAAGGCAGGACGUGGCAGGAAGGCUAAGACACGGUCACAAAAGUUGUCUGCUCACCAAACAUCGGAGCUGGCCAAGUUUUGUCCACUGGGCUCAGGCCUGGAGACAGGAGCUGGGGAGGAUGAGGAGACAAGAAAAUCCACCAAUGAGGAAGAUGCAGAAGAAAGUUCACAAGAGUCUGAUGAGGAGCUGGAGCAGGUAACGGAGGAGGCGGUGCGGAACCUGCGGGACCUGUGUGAGGAGAUUCCCGCGCCUGACUGGCAGAAGAGCGCCACCAUCGUGGAGUCGUUCCGGCGCAGGCUGCAGGAGAUUGCUCAGCACGAGUUCACGGAGGAGGAGGAGGAAGAGGAGGAGGAAGAUGAGGAUGAGGACAAGCUGAGCUCAGGGGAUGAGAGUCAGGAUGCAGAGUUCAGUGACCUGGAGGAGGCCAGCGGGUCAGGUUCAGCCUCCCCCAGCAGUCUGCAGGCUCUGUCUGCUGCUACCUCACCUGGAGCAGCUUCACAGGGCAGCGAGGAGUCACCUAAAACUCACACAACAUCAGGGCACAGUCUGGAGUCACCUAAAGCUCACACAACAUCAGGGCACAGUCUACAAACUCUAUCUGCUGCUAUAUCACCUUCUGGUGCAGCUUUUCAGGGUAGUUGGGAGUCACCUAAAGCACUCACAGCAUCAGGGCACAGUCAUCCAGGGUUGUCUGUCACUACGUCAUGUGGUACAGCUUCUGGAGGGAGCGAGGAGUCACCAAAAUCCAUCAGAACAUUGGGACACAGUCCGCAGGGUGUGUCUGCCACUGCUUCACCUGGUGCAGCAGCUGCUGUGACGUCACCUGGUUUAGUUUGCCAAGUUGGUGAUGAAGCCCACACGUUAACAGAGCAGAGUGAAACAGUAGAGUUUGAAGCAGUAGCCUCACAAGUCAGCAAGGAGUCAACAAAGUCCUCUACACCAAGGGGUAAACUGUCUACCACAGCUGUGUCAGCUGGCUAUACCACACAAGGUACAGGAUCUCCCAAGGCCUCCAAAAUAGUGGCAAGAAGUAUUGCUUCAGAGUUAGAAACAUCAAAGAUGACUGGCACAGAAAACAAGUGGGGUAUAGAAAUGGGUCAAGAUGGUGUAUCAAGUCAGCAUGAUGGAGGAGACAAACUUAGGCAAGAAUUUGAUGAGGAAGACAGAAGAACAUGUAGAAAAUCUGAAGUAUCAGAACAGGAAGAAAAUUCUGUACAAAAUGGUGGAAACAUUGCCAAGGAUGAUCAACGCACAGGUUCAUCACGCUCAGGUACGCAAAGUGAACAUUCAGACACUCAACAUGACCCUAGAAUAUAUACACCAAGUGAUACAGCAGUUACAUCACAUCUUGGAAGUGGUACAUCAGGCACUGUUGAAGACAUGACAGCAGAAUCCUUGUCACAAGGAGGACACAAGGACGACAUGGAAACAAGCUCUGCAAGACAUGAGGAACAAAUCUCCACAAGGUCUGAGAAUGAAGAUGAAAAGAUGGAGCUUACUGAAGGUAAAUAUGAAGCAGAUGAAAAGAACAGCAGUGGAGAUGGUGCUAUCAUGUGGACAAGAGACCAGGACAGAACCCUUCUCCAGGCCUGUCAGCAGCAGGGAGCUACUCCAGAAACCUUCUCUUCUGUAGCAGAACAGCUGGGAGACAGGACCCAACAACAGGUGACGGACCGUUUUCUGAAGCUGAUGGCACUGUAUCACCAAGGCACCUCUACUGAUGAGGAGACAGGUACAGACGGGGAGACGGAGGAGGAAGAUGGCAGUGAGUACUCCACCGAGCAAGACAAUGCAGACCCUAUAGAGAUGGAGGAUGAUUAAGUCUCUGUAGAGAUCAACAGAGGGUAUCCUGUAGUUAUGAAACAUGAGGAGUCCAGUACUUGUCACCUUCAAACUUUUUGUUGCAGACAACAUUUUGUAGUUAAUUUUCUCAUUGCUGUGGAAAAGGAAUAUGACAAAUACUUGUAUAGCACAACUCUGAUAUGCAUAUAACAUUACCUUAUAUGUUGUAAAUAGCUGUAAAUUAUGAUAUACCAGUGUGUGUUAAACACACAAUGUGGAAAGAAACAGUACCAAAGGCAUACAUGUUUUUCUUUCCCUAAUACAAAAUAUGUUUAUUGUGCUGUUUGUACAGUUCAAAUUUUGUUUGAAUGCUCAAGUUUUGUCCUUAUUUUCAUUUUUCAUAAGAUGACAAAAAAGCUGAUUACUCUUAUUCAAAGACUUCCUUUGUACAUAAAUUGUUCAGAAAUUUAGAGCAAGUGGUAGAACAAGGUACUGAUCACAUGUUGAAGGAUCAGGUAUAACAAUUCUCAUUCUGUAUUGGAUGGAGGCUUAAAUGAGAGUGUCAUAGCACAGUAUAGGAAAGUGUUUUGACUUGUUGUACAAUCAUGUAGAUACCAGAAAUUAUACAAUAUGGCUUUGAGUAAUGGUCUUGAAAUGAUGUGACAGAUUAUUUAUUCUACAAGAUGUGUAGAAAUCAGAUACUUAAGUAUUUGCCUCCUAUGUGCUUGUUUUUCAUCCAUUGUUGUAUUGGUAUUUGCAUGUACUUAAAAGUAUUCAGUACAGCUAUACUCGAGUUUUCAAGAGUGUGUUGAGCCAUACAAUAUCAAUGGAGGUACAUGUAGAUCUCUUUCGGCACAAUUUUGGGCAAUUUUUGUUGUUCUGUCAACACAUUAUUAUUUGUUGCACUAUGGAUUCUAAUAAAACCAAAUAUGACCAGUA